UCAAUAUAAGUGGUAAGGGAAUUCUAACCAAAAAAAAAAAACUAUUUUUGUGUAUUCUCAAAAACAUGCAGCACAUUUCGGCGCGCUUGAUAAAGUCUCUAUCUUUUUCUUCAAUACCAGGCACCACUCUUCAAGAAAUUGCUUCUUCUCGACCCAAAGGUGUUGCAAAGGUUGUACUAAAGAAGGGGAAGACACAGCUCUUUAAGGAUGGUAGCCCAAUGGUGUAUAGUGGAGCCGUUGAUAGAAUAAUUGGUAGACCACCACCCAGGACUGGAGAUAUUGUGCUGGUAGCUGAUGGGACAGAGAAACCAAUAGGGUGGGGAUUGUAUAAUUCAGUUUCCAUGUUUUGUGUUCGGCUAAUGCAGCUAGAAGAGGAGGCAACGAGAGAUCCUCCGUGUGCAUUGAACAUGGAGAAACUGCUUGAAGCAAGAAUUGAUGCAGCUAGAGAAUUACGUAAGAGUUUGGGGCUUCCCUCGGCCAAUACAAAUGCAUAUCGUUUAGUAAAUAGUGAAGGAGACAGAUUGUCAGGAUUAAUUGUUGAUGUUUUUGGAGAUUUAGCUGUAAUAGCAUCAUCAGCUGCUUGGGUUGAGAAGUACAAACAAGAAAUUGAGGCUUGUAUCAGUAGAAUUGAUGAAAUUAAUCAUAUAAACUGGAGACCUUCUGUUGAGAUUUUAAAAGAAGAAGGAAUAAAUUUAUCAGAUUUGAAGGAAAUGCGUCCAUCUGCUUGUCCAGAAAGAACGAAGGUUAUGGAAAAUGGGAUUUUCUAUGCAAUUUCAUUGGAGGGCCAAAAGACAGGAUUUUAUGCUGAUCAGCGUGAAAACCGUCAGUUCAUAUCAACAAUUUCAGAUGGUCAAAAAGUCCUUGAUAUUUGCUGCUACAGUGGUGGUUUUGCUCUGAAUGCAGCACGAGGAGGUGCCGUGAAUGUCACUGGUGUUGAUACAUCAUUGCCAGCUUUGGAGCUAGCAAAAGAAAAUAUUGUUCUAAACAACAUGGACCCUGGAAGGAUAUCAUUUCUCAGAGAAGACGCAGCGGAAUUUAUGAAGGGUGCUCUUUCUAAAAAUGAAUCAUGGGACGUAAUCAUUGUUGAUCCUCCUAAAUUAGCACCACGAAAAAAGGUUUUACAAAGUGCAUUAGGCAUGUAUAGAACUUUAAACUCAUUAGCAAUGCAAUUAACAAAGAGAGGUGGUCUUCUCAUGACCUGUUCAUGUUCGGGAGCUAUGACCCAAAGUGGGAUGUUCUUGCCUACUCUUCAGGGUGCUGCAUCAAUGGCAGGGAGGAAAAUUACAGUUCUACGACAGGCCGGAGCAGCAUGCGAUCAUCCUAUUGACCCAUCCUACCCUGAAGGCGCAUACCUCUCUAACAUUUUGCUAAGAGUACUAUAAAUGGACACAAACACAAUCCCUAUUGGUUUUUCAACUAACCUAACUGGAAACUCAUCACGUGAUGAAAAGAACCGUUAACUAUAUUAAAUACUAUUUUAAGAAUUAUACAUGAUUUCUUCUCUUCUUCUU